AUGGCCAAAGCCCAACACCAUUCGUGGGUUACAUGGAUUCCUAGGGCUCACAGGUUAUUAUCGCAAGUUUGUGCCGGCAUCAUUGUCGCCUCACCGCUAUGCGUAAAAACAACUUCCGAUCACGCUAUCGAUGCAUUCCAGUUAAAGGCACUUGACAUCUACUCCAAUCCGCUUCUACCGAAUUUUGAUCUAACUUUUGUUAUAGAAUGUGACGCGGAUUGGAGCAUCUUGUUACAACACAACGCAUAUUUCAGCGGCUUCGUCAUCAAAAUCUUUAAACUACGGCGAGAAUUGAUUGGCUUAGUGAAGGCACUAAAGCAUUGGCAUUCCUAUCCGUGGGGACGUGAAUUUAUUGUUCGGACAGAUCAUUAUACAUUGAAAUAUACGCUUGAGCCAUCUCUCAAGAACUCAACAACAUUGGAUUAG